AUGUCUUACAAUCAUAAUACCGUAACAAGACCUUUCUUUUGCAUGCUUUUGCUUGCAAGUUUCAUCUCUCAAACGCCACUUGGACAUGAAGAAUCGGUGGACAAAGUGCUUUUACGUGUGCGAUUCAAGGUUCACAUCAUCAAUGGCAUGCCGGACAAUGCGAAGCCGCUGGAGAUCACGUGCCAUUCAAACGACGACGAUCUCGAACACCAUGCUCUUUGGAAGGAUCAAGAGUUCAAGUUCAAGUUCAUCACUCAUUUUUGGAGGAAAACUCAUUUUGUGUGCAACUUCAGCUGGGGACCCAAGUCCUUGAAUGAUAUCACCGUUUUUGUAUCCAGGGAUGAAACUCGGUCGUGCAAACAGUCUGGGAAUUGCUUUUGGCAAGCAACACCCCAGGGGAUUUAUUUUAGUAGUGAUUUUCGAAAUUGUGGGUUGAGGUUUACUUGGUGA